GACGAACCAGGGAAGUGCCCAGGACUCUGCAGCGGGCCGGGCGCCCAGGUCGGCGGCGACGGGGGCGAAAGGUCCGGCUGCGCGGGCCGGCGGCCGGGGACCGGGAAGGCCGCGAGGCCCGGCGGGAUCGAGGUUCGGAGUUUGCGGGUCCGAGGCCCGGCCAGAGAUACCGGAUCAGAAGCUCAGAGAAGCGAAGUGACCUCCCCAAGGCCGCUCGGCUCUGUAAGUGGCCGUUACCGGAUUGGAAACUUGCGGUGUCCGGUUCCAAGUAGGUGCCAAGUGAAGUUCCGGAAAACAAGAGAAGAGGGGGAAAGUCACCAGGCCACUGGAGCUAGCAGCUGUUUGGAAGUGAAACGCUGCAGAAGGGGAAGGGGAGAGCGCCGGCCAGGCUCCGUGGGGGCCGAUGACCCGCAGACAGAAGGAUCUGCACCGGGUGCUGAGUUUGUUCCUUGUGCUGCGGAUGGUGGAGACCGUGUCCGGGGCCAGGGGCCCAUUUACAGGGACCCACAUGAGCUCCCCGUUUUCAGCCUCAGAUGUGAAGCAGACCCCCACGGCAGACUGUCGUGAGGUGUGCGGCCUGAACGUCUCUGACCGCUGUGACUUCAUCAGGACCAACCCUGACUGCCGCAGCGAAGGGGGUUACCUCAACUAUCUCGAGGGCAUCUUCUGUCACCUCCCGCCCAACCUGCUCCCUCUGGCCAUCACCCUCUAUGCUUUUUGGCUCCUCUACCUGUUUCUGAUUCUGGGAGUCACCGCUGCAAAGUUUUUCUGCCCGAACCUGUCAGCCAUUUGCACCUUGCUCAAGCUUUCUCACAAUGUGGCUGGCGUCACCUUCCUGGCCUUUGGGAACGGUGCACCUGAUAUCUUCAGCGCCCUGGUGGCUUUCUCGGAUCCGCGCACCGCCGGCCUGGCCCUGGGGGCUCUGUUCGGUGCGGGUGUGCUGGUGACCACCGUGGUGGCCGGUGGCAUUGCCAUCUUGCGCCCCUUCACGGCCGCCUCCAGGCCCUUCCUCCGGGACAUCGUUUUCUACAUGGUGGCCGUGUUCCUGACCUUCACCGCGCUCUACCUGGGCAGAGUCACGCUCGCAUGGGCCCUGGGCUACCUAGGCUUGUACGUGUUCUAUGUGCUUACCGUGGUUGUCUGCACCUGGCUGUACCGAUGGCAGCGGAGGAGGUCCCUGGUCUAUUCCAUGCCAGGCACCCCAGAGAUGCUCUCAGACUCUGAGGUGGAACCAGUGUCUUCCAACAGCUACGACUACAGCGAAGAGUACCGGCCGCUUCUCUUCUAUCAGGAGACCACGGCUCAGAUCCUGGCCCGGGCCCUCAACCCCCUGGAUUACAGGAAGUGGAGGAACAAGUCCGUGUACUGGAGGGCCCUCAAGGUGCUCAAGCUGCCCGUGGAGUUCCUGCUGCUGCUCACCGUCCCAGUUGUGGACCCCGACAAGGACGAUGGCAACUGGAAACGGCCCCUCAACUGCCUGCACCUGGUGAUCAGCCCGCUGGUCUUGGCCCUGACCCUGCAGUCGGGCGCCUACGGCAUCUACGAGAUCGGUGGCCUCUUUCCUGUCUGGGCCGUGGUGGUGAUUGUGGGCACAGCCCUGGCUGCGGUGACCUUUUUUGCCACGUCCAACAGUGAGCCUCCCAGGUUUCACUGGCUCUUUGCUUUCCUGGGCUUCCUGACCAGCGCCCUGUGGAUCAACGCAGCCGCCACAGAGGUGGUGAACAUCUUGCGGUCCCUGGGCGUCGUGUUCCGGCUGAGCAACACCGUCCUGGGGCUCACGCUGCUGGCCUGGGGGAACAGCAUCGGAGACGCCUUCUCAGAUUUCACGCUGGCCCGCCAGGGCUACCCGCGGAUGGCCUUCGCAGCCUGUUUCGGGGGCAUCAUCUUGAAUAUCCUGGUGGGAGUAGGGCUGGGCUGCCUGCUCCAGAUCUCCAGGAGCCACGUGGAGGUGAAGCUGGAGCCAGACGGACUGCUGGUGUGGGUCUUGGCGGGCGCCCUGGGCCUCAGCCUCGUCUGCUCCCUGGUCUCGGUCCCACUGCAGUGCUUCCAGCUGAACAAAGUCUACGGCUUCUGCCUGCUCCUCUUCUACGUGACCUUCCUCGUGGUGGCCCUGCUUACGGAAUUUGGGGUGAUUCACCUGAAAAGCGUGUGAGUGACGCCGCGUGGCCGGCGCCGCCUGGUGGCCGGGAGGUGUCACUGCAGGCAGAAAGAUGGAAGUCGGGCCCCGGUGGGGGGG